AUGAUACCAGCAUUAGAAGAUUUAGCUAGUCAAUAUCAUAGGAAGAGUGAUUUUGUGAACCUUGGAGAUUCAAAUGAGCACAAUGAUGAAAGGAAUACAUUGCCUGACUUAUUUGCAGAAGCAGAAAAGGAGUUAUACUUUGGAUGUACAACGUUCUCAAUCUUAACAUUUAUUGUUAAUCUAAUGCACAUUAAAGUGAUGUGUGGUUGGAGCAACAAAUCAUUUGAUUUGUUGCUCGACUUACUUUCGAAAGCAUUUCCCAAAGACAAUAAAAUUCCACGAUCUUAUUAUGACGCUAAGAAAAUGUUACGUGAUCUUGGUUUAGGGUACGAAACUAUUCAUGUAUAUGAGUAUGAUUGUGCUUUAUUUUGGAAAGAGAAUAAAAAUGCUGAAAGAUGUCCUAUAUGUGGUCAUGAACGAUACAAAUUCCAAGGAACUAAAGGCAAGAAGAUCCCACACAAAAAGAUGCAAUUUUUUCCUAUAACUCCACGACUACAGAGAAUUUUUAUGCCACGCCAUACAUCAUCUGAUAUGAGGUGGCAUAAGGAAGAAAGUGUUGAUACAGAAUGUGUACUUAGACACCCGGCAGAUGCAGAGGUGUGGAAGGAUUUUGAUAGACAAUAUCCAGAUUUUUCAAAAGAAUCUAGAAAUGUAAGGUUUGGAUUUGCAACAGAUGGGUUCAAUCCAUUCGGUGAUUUAUCAAACUCGUACAGUAUGUGGCCAGUGUUACUAAUGCCAUAUAACAUGCCGCCAUGGAGAUGCAUGAAACGAGAAUUCUUAAUGGUGGCAUUAUUGAUUCCGGGACGUCAUGCUCUAGGAAAAGACAUAGAUGUCUAUUUACAACCUCUGAUCGAUGAGCUGAAGGAACUAUGGGAAAAUGGUGUACGUACUUUUGAUAUUAUUGAUAAAGAAUAUUUUACAAUGCGUGCGGCAAUAUUGUGGACGAUCCAUGAUUUUCCAGCAUAUGGUACUGUAUCUGGGUAUAGCACUCAAGGUUAUAAAGCUUGUCCUGUUUGUGAAGAUGACACAUCUUCAUUUCGAAUAAGAGGAAAAACAUGUUUCAUUGGUCAUCGUCGAUAUUUGUGUCUGAACCACCAAUGGCGCAAUGAUAUGGAGUAUGAUGGUACAAUCAAAAGGCGUUCACCUCCAAGAGUUUUAACAGGAGAUGAAAUCUUAGAUAAAUUAAAAGGUAUAUUGAAAUGUAGGGCAGGUAAAAAUGAUAAGAUCAUUAAGGAUGAUAAGAAACAAAUGAAGGAUGCAUAUUAUGAAAAUAACACGAACUGGAGGCGAAAAAGUAUUUUUUGGGAGUUUGAAUAUUGGCCUAAAUUAAAACUAAGACAUAAUUUGGAUGUGAUGCAUAUUGAGAAAAAUAUAUGUGAUAGUGUAGUUGGUACAAUAUUUAGUAUUGAUGGGAAGUCUAAAGAUACUGAAAAGGCAAGACUUGAUUUACAAGAUUUAAAUAUUCGUAAGCAGCUACACAUGAAAAACAAGGGAAACAAAUGGUUCAAACCAGUAGCAUGUUAUACAUUAUCAGCGAAGGAACGACAAGAAUUUUGUACGUUCAUAAAGUCUAUAAAAUUUCCUAAUGGAUAUGCUGCAAAUAUUUCUCGGAAUGUUAACAUGAAAGAUAGAAAAUUAUUUGGGUUGAAAAGUCAUGAUUGUCAUAUUUUAUUACAGAGGUUGUUACCUAUUGGUUUAAGGCCAUACUUGAAAAAGAAAGUAAUGGAUGUUAUUGCUGAGCUGUCAUUAUUCUUCAAAAAGCUAUGCGCGAGGACAUUAUAUGUGAAAGACUUAGACGAUUUGGAAAAGGGCAUUGUACUCACGCUGUGUAAAUUAGAAAGUAUCUAUCCUCCUGCCUUCUUUGAUGUGAUGAUUCAUCUUAUGGUUCACUUGCCAUUAGAAGCUAAGUUAGGUGGUCCAGUACAAAUGCGAUGGAUGUAUUCAAUCGAAAGGGAAGUAGGUCAUUUGAAAAAAUAUGUGAAAAACAAAGCUCGACCUGAAGGUUCUAUUGCUGAAGGAUACAUUAUUACUGAGGCACUAAACUUUUGUUCAAUGUAUCUUCAUGGAAUGGAAACACGCUUUAAUCGUCCUGAUCGCAAUCCUGAUUACCUUGGAAUUAGAAAACAAUCGACACUGUCAACAUUCAACAUGCCUACAAGACCAUUUGGAAGACAAUCAUCUAUCACACUAACUCAAGAUCAACAAAACCAAGUUCAAUGGUACAUUUUGAAUAAUUGUCCUGAGUUGGAACCAUAUUUAACAGAACAUAGAUUAUUCUUACAAUCUCAAGGAAUUCCGGAUAUCAAUCAAGUGCAAAAAAAUGAAUUUUCAACAUGGUUUGAAAAUAAAAUAAAAAAAAUGAAUGAAACAAUAUCUGGUAAAGCACAGGAAGAUUUGUAUGCAAUUGCAAUGCAACCAAGUUUUUUGGUUUGUACAUAUGCUGGUUGUAUGGUUAAUGGAGUUCGAUACCAUACAAAAAGUCGAGAUGAAAGACUUUUAACUCAAAACUACGGUGUUCACAUUGAAGCAGAAUAUGAUGGAAAUAUAUGUGAUUUUUAUGGUGUCAUUAAUGAAAUUUGGGAAUUUGAAGAUGAACCAUUUGUUCUUGCCAAUCAAGUAAGUUUGGUUUUUUAUUUGGAUGACAUUAAAAAAAGUAAAGAUAAUAAAGAUUGGAAAGUGGUGCAAAAAGUAAAUCAUCGUCACAUCUGGGAUAUACCAUCAAAGCCAAUGGAUGGUGAAGUUGAUGAUGAAGAUCCAACUAUCAACAAUUCUGAAGCAUAUUAA